CACACACACACAGGUAUUAAAAUCAUGGAGAACAAAGGAGCGGAAGCAGGAGCGCUGAUGCACUUUAUUAUUUAUAUUCGCAGCAGCAACCGAGUCCGGCCGCUGCGUUCGCCUUGUCCAACAAUGAGAACAGAGUGCAUUGCAGUGCAGUGCAGUACAGUACCUGGGUGUGGGGGGUGUGUUACAUCGCAGGAAGCGCGUUUAGGCCCCAGCAGUGUAUGAAAGGGUUCGGGGGGGGUGAAGAAUAUGCUGGAUUUCUGAGGCCUAAUCAGACGGCCGCACAAUAGCUGUAGCGUUUAGGAACGUGUGCGUGUGAGAGAAAGAGGUGCGAUAAACAGGCAGCUGACGCUUGACAUGAUGCCGGAGGAGGGGGAUGGAGGGGGAGGGCGCACUGGGCUGCUGAGCAAAUGAGAUAAGAGCUCGCGGGGUAUGUGGUAGUGUGUGUGUGCGCGCGCGCGACCGGACUCCGCGCGGCUCUCUCUCUGUAUACAGUACGUACGUACGUGUGUGUGUGUGUGUUUGUUUCCCAGCGUGACGCGAACGAGCAGCAGUGACAUGGUGGUCAUGUGCGAGAGGGCUGCGCGUGCAGGCGCCGCGGUGCGCGAGACGCUCCCUUGGUGACGGCGGGGCGCAGCGUUUCUGUUUUGUUUUGUUUUGUUUUGUUUUCUCUCUCUCUCUCUCUCUCCCUCCCUCUGUGUGUGUGUGUUCGUUCUCACGGAGCGAGGCGGACAAUCCAGCCGCCGCCGCCGCCGCCGCCAUGGGCAAGGAGGUGAACGGCGUGUCGAGGAGCCGCUUCGAGAUGUUUUCCAACAGCGACGAGGCCGUGAUCAACAAGAAGUUGCCCAAGGAGCUACUGCUGAGGAUCUUCUCGUUUCUGGACGUGGUGACGUUGUGUCGCUGUGCCCAGGUCUCGCGGUCCUGGAAUGUGCUGGCGCUCGAUGGCAGUAACUGGCAGCGCAUUGACCUCUUCGACUUCCAGAGAGACAUUGAGGGCCGGGUGGUGGAGAACAUCUCGAAGCGCUGCGGCGGCUUCCUGCGAAAGCUCAGUCUGCGCGGGUGUCUGGGAGUGGGAGACGGCGCUCUGAGGACCUUUGCCCAAAACUGCAGGAACAUUGAGCUCCUCAGUCUCAACGGUUGCACCAAGAUCACGGACGCGACCUGCAGCAGCCUCAGCAAGUUCUGUCCCAAGCUGAAGCACCUGGACUUGGCCUCCUGCACCUCUAUCACGAACCUGUCCCUGAAAGCGCUCAGCGAGGGCUGCCCGCUGCUGGAGCAGCUCAACAUCUCCUGGUGCGACCAAGUGAGCAAGGAUGGGAUCCAGGCCCUGGUGCGAUGCUGCCCCGGCGUCAAGGGCCUCUUCCUGAAGGGCUGCACCCAGCUGGAGGAUGAAGCUCUGAAGUUCAUCGGUGCGCAUUGUCCAGAACUGGUCACCCUGAACCUGCAGACCUGCUCGCAAAUCACGGACGAGGGGCUCAUCACCAUCUGCCGAGGCUGCCACAGGCUGCAGUCGCUAUGCGUGUCGGGAUGCGCCAACAUCACCGACGCCAUCCUCAACGCCCUGGGCCAGAACUGCCCCCGCCUCAGAAUACUAGAGGUGGCCCGCUGCUCCCAGCUCACGGACGUGGGAUUCGGCACUCUGGCUCGGAACUGCCAUGAGCUGGAGAAGAUGGAUCUGGAGGAGUGUGUGCAGAUCACAGACGCCACGCUGAUCCAGCUGUCCGUCCACUGCCCUCGCCUGCAGGUCCUGAGCCUGUCCCACUGCGAGCUGAUCACGGACGACGGGAUCCGGCACCUGGGCGGCGGCCCCUGUGCCCACGACCGCCUGGAGGUGGUGGAGCUGGACAACUGCCCGCUCAUCACCGACGCCUCGCUCGAGCAUCUGAAGACGUGUCACAGCCUGGACCGAAUCGAGCUCUACGACUGCCAGCAGAUCACGCGCGCCGGCAUCAAGAGGCUGAGGACUCACCUGCCCAAUAUCAAAGUGCACGCCUACUUCGCCCCGGUCACACCCCCCCCGUCGGUCGGUGGCAGUCGUCAGAGGUUCUGCCGCUGUUGCAUCCUGCUAUGAUGUCAGAGGACCCCCUCCCCCCCGCCGCUGCCACCCCGCCCGGUGAACAUGUGGCCCCUCCCUUCUCGCACCUGUGGUGCUGCGCCGGGCCCGGAGGUGGAGCACUCAAGCCAACCUGCAGAGCCCACGUGCCCAGUUUCCCAGCAUUCCUCUGUGUUCUGGUGACGUGGUGGCAGUCACUGUUCACGUACAUCUCCAAAGAGACUCUCUCUCUCACACACACACACACACACACACACACACACACACACACACACACACACACACACACACACACCGUGGACUUCUGUGGGCUUCCCCUUUUCUUUCGGCGCUCUGCUGCCGUCACCAUCUCCUAGGAAUGACGAGCGAGUGAGAGAAUAGCGAGGGUGCUGGGCACCAGGUGUCUCUGUGCUCCGUGUGUCACCCGGGUGGCUGUGUGUUCGGUGCCCCCGGGACUCCGGUAAAACCGCCCGGCGUGGCAUCCGGUGCAGCGUUGGGCAGGUCGCUAAGCGAAAGGAGCCGGUUCGGAAAACCAUUACAAACCAAGUGUGAAGGGCGCGCCCCCUGUUGACGGACAUUCUCUCUCUGAGAGAGACACACACAUACACACACACACACACACACACACACACACACACACACACACACACACACACACACACGGAGAGACAGUUCCUGUCUCUCUGUCUCCCCAUCUUUCUGACUGAACCCCCCUUGCCCACAACUUGAAGCAUCCUGGUGAUUCUCCAAUCAUGUGUGUUUUUCCUAAAGUCCAAGAGAAGAAAUUGGCGAAAUGCAGAUUCUCGAGAAGAUGCCAAAUGGUCCACAUUACACACCUAGUUUUUACACAGCGAGCUUUGCACACGUCGGUCUGCGGACCGUGACAAGGACACCGAGCCCAAUGCGGUCGAUGGCGUGCGCGUACGACACGCUGGGCCUCGGGUGCGAACGCCCCGCCGGCGACCGGGUGGCCCUGGGCGCCGCUCUGAUGGGCGCCGGACUGCGGGGGUUCGCGCGGGGCGAUCUCGACGGGCUCGGCCACCUUCGCGUACAGGCAAACGGGAGCGUUGCCUUUUCCGCAAAGAACCGACAUUCUAUUCUGAAAACAAUCUGAGUUUUUGUUUUCUUUUUUCCUUUGCGAAGGAAGGAGGACAAAGAAAUGCAGUUUGUGCUUCUUGGAAACAAGUUUUUCUGUUAGUUUCUUACAAUGACUGUCAAUCUGCAUUGAGUUUAACAAACACGUGGAAUGGGGGCACGUGUCUCUUAAAGCUGGACAAACACACGUGUGUGUGUGUGUGUGUGUGUGUGUGUGUGUGUGUGUGUGUGUGUGUGUGUGGCUAAUGGCAUCCAAAGAGGAGCUUUGGCCUUACGGAGCCCUGCGGUGACACUCCCCUCCCAUCGCCACAGACACUGGACUGAUGCCAUUUGCACCCUUCACAGUUUUCCUAGUGAGGCCGUGGGUGGGUGAGAGCACACCAUUUACAGGACCACAUGUGCGCUUAUCCUUCCCCUUUAGCCUUUCUUUGGGAGUGAGGUGUCGAACCGGCCGCUCGCGUCCACUCGGCUGUCCCGGUAGGGACAAAAACACAAGAGCCGCUUGGAAAACCUUGUAAAGCUGUUUCUGUGUCACAUCGGUUCCACGUAGAGAACGGGGAGCACUGGGGGGGGGGGAGCGAUUCCCGAAACUGUCCUCGUCACAUUUCUUAAAGAUGCUCAUAUUUGGGGACGGGAACCAGUCGCUCCUCCAUGGUAACUAUGGAAACGGCCUCUAGGUGUCGCUCUGAGUGUCUAGUCUGAGCAGCAGCCUACACCUUUUUGCAGCUCUUUCUCGCCCAGUUCACCGCGGUUCCCAUUAUCCCCCUUCCCUCGGAGUCCGCAGGGGGCGCGUGACCUUUGUGUCCCCACCCAGCUUCCUGCCUCGGCGGCGUUCGCUCAUUUCCCGACCGUUUAUCUCCGCGGCGCGAGGCGCUUCUGUUCCGAUCCCCUCUCCGUGGAACGUCUGGCCCAGGGGUUCGGGACCCGUGAUGCACCGUGUGUGUCUGUGAUGCCUCGUCCACGUCGCUGCUGUUCUCGAGUAGAAGAGGCCCGAGAGCGAGGGUAACGUUCUCCUCAAUCUCGUGUGGCUGCUCCGGAUGAGGCUACAGGACUUGGCGGGUCGAUCCGCGCUGUACCGCAUUUGCCUUCGCCUUUUACACCGGUACCUGGGCGGUGCGCGUCAGUCCUGGAGGACCAGAGUUUCCAGUCGCCGGCUGAGCUCUAGUCCCGUCCUUCUGUCCUGUUGCGCAGCAGCCCGCGACCGGGCUCCGGCGGCGGUGCGACGGCGGCGACUUGAGAUCGUUGAGCCGGGGCGUGUCCGUUGGCUGCCAGGCUGGCCAGAGCGCCCCGCGGGGGGACGCGUUGGGGACCUACAGGUUGAUGCGUCAGGAGGACGAGGGCUGUGCUGGUGCGCUAAUGGACCCCCCUGCGCCGCAUCUGUACGAUGUGCUGCGCACGAGUAGCUCUCCUGACCGCGAGUCCAUUUCGGUCUUUCUCGAGAGCGUGACCGGCAGGAAGUCGUGCCCCACGUCCCUGUGCGUGACGCCACACAGCUGUCCCCGAGUAGCUCUUCAUGUCUCAAGUGGCCUUUGAGUGGCCGGAGCCACUUUUGUGAUUGGAUCGCACACCCCUGGUACCUGCGGGGCAGCGUAUCCCUCGGCAAAGGGGAAAAGUCUCACCUGGGCUCCGGAACGAGGAGGCACUUGGUUAUUAAACGCAGGGGUGUGUGUGUGUGUGUGUGUCUCUCUUCAUUCUGGGGUGACUCCUGUGUGGUAUCUAGAGACGAUUUGCCUCUGAGCAACAGUCACCGGGUCUCCUUCAGCAAACUCGGAUGUGGCUUUACGGCAGGAUGGCAACGCGGAUUUGGUCCAGUGGAACACGAGCAGAGAAAACUCCCGUUUCCCGGAGGAAGGGUUCCCUCGCCCUCCCGACUCCCGCCAGGUUCCCCCGACCGCACCACGCGUGACGGCACGGCACGGCGCCGCGCCCCGCCGCGGGGGAUCGAAAUCCAGCGCUUUGCGACGGUUCACGCGCAGGAGAAACGACCGAGGACUCGCUGCGGCUCGCCUGUGGCGAGGAGGGUCGGUGCCCCGGCCCGCGCGUUGGCGAGAAACGGCGCGGCCCGUUUGAGGGAGGUCGCGUAACGCUGCAGCCUCAAAAAGCAAAACAAGCAAAAUUUCCCCCAUUUUUGUUAAUGUGAGUAAUUUCCCAUCAGGUGGCAUUGGAUGGGUGUUUUUGUUGUUUUUUUUUUUUUUUGGGUAUCUUCUUUUUGGGACUUUCCUGAACUCGCUGUGUUUCUCUUGCUCUGGGUGGCUGACAGACACAUGACUGUCUGUGCUUUGUGAGCUGGUUUGGGUUCCUUUGAAUCUAGUGCAGAUCCAGUUCACUCAAUUUGUAGUGUUGGGGCAGCCAGGGAAGUGUGUUCCCUGAAUGAUCAUCAUUUGGUGACAAUUAUAGUUAUUAUUUUAUGUUUUUUUUACAGUUAACCAUGUAAAUGAAAUAUGUAUAAAUAAAAAUAUA